ACCACCAGCCGUCGGACGCGCCGCCGCCGACGAUGGCGACGUGGCCGGUCUGCGAGGGGGCGGCGCUGAUGGUUGUGGUGGUGCUGGCCGAGGCUGUCUUGGCGGUCGUCGUAGUGGUGUUUGUUGUGGCGGUCGUCGUAGUGGUGUUGGUUGUGUCCGCCGUGGUUGCGACUGACGACACGGCGGACGUGAUGGUAGCGCUGGAAGUGGUGGCGUUGGUAAGGGCUGUCGUGGUGACGGCGCAAGCGGCUGAUUCGGAGAUAUUUGCCACCCAAUAUUUCCUCUUUUGGACUAUUCGCGGCAUCAACAUGAUAUUAGAUGCCAUAGUCAGGGGCGCCCUACUCCUGACUCCUCGCCGGUGCUUUCGCUCUGGACUAUCCUCGGGAUCGGAGCGUGAGAGAGUAGUAUGCUGCUGGGCAUGGGCCAGAGUAGCCAGCUAA